GGAGAGAUGGCUCGGUGUGGUCUAGCCCAAGCCGGAGCUGUUGCCCCGCGUUGAGACGAUGGGGCCGAGUACCGCGGGGGACUCGGGGCGCCUUCCCGAGCCUCCUCGGAGCACGGAAACUACACUUCCCAUGGCGCCCCGCGCCGAGCCGGGAGCCGGCUGCUCGCUUUGCGUGACCGCGGCAGCUCUCCACUGUGGUUUGAAUCCACGGGGUAUUGAUCACCCUGCCCGUACUGAAGGUAUUAAACUGCAAAUUGAAGGUGAAGGUGUGGAAUCUCAAUCCAUUAAAAACAAAAAUUUCCAGAAGGUGCCAGACUCAAAAGGAACCCCCAAGCGACUGCAAGCAGAAGCAGAGACAGCUAAGUCAGCUACGGUGAAGCUGUCAAAACCAGUGGCUCUGUGGACCCAGCAGGAUGUCUGCAAGUGGUUGAAGAAACAUUGUCCAAAUCAGUAUCAGAUCUACAGUGAGUCAUUCAAACAGCAUGACAUAACUGGGAGAGCCUUGCUGAGACUCACUGACAAAAAGCUUGAGCGAAUGGGGAUUGGCCAGGAGAACCUCCGGCAACACAUCUUACAGCAGGUGCUCCAGCUGAAGGUGCGAGAAGAAGUCAGAAACCUGCAGUUACUCACACAAGCCUCAGCCGAGGGUUCUCCAUAAACACAGUUAGCCUUCCAAGCUGCUGUCCUGCCAGUUGAUAUGAACACGGCCUCUUCCUGAAAGACUAACUCAUGGCACUGCCAGAAGAUAUCCUUGGAGCACUGACAGAUUAACCGGAUUAACUGAAAAAACACCCAUUCAGUCAAGAUCAUGGGCUUUGGAAAAAACCUGAGUUUGCUGUAGAUUUUAAAAUGAGGUGCAUAAUAUACAGUGCCAACUCAUUCCAAGUGGUCAUUGGCAGACCAUUAGCUGGGAAAUUGCUUCCAGUUUUCAUCACUGUGCAUAACUCAAGUUCCCUUUGGGGAGCUGCCUGUCCCUUCACUAGAGGUCCUGUUUUAGCAUGGCAACUACUGGAUUAUUUUAUUAUGUGUGCAGAUGGCAUGAUGUUUUAGAAAAAAUUACAGCAGUUCUGCAAUCUCAGUGGAAGUGUUUGCAAUUUUAUGCCCUGGUAGGAAUGUAAACAUGUCUCCAUGAUGUUAGUUAUCAUGUCCAAAGGUCUUCUGUCCAAUUCUUAAGCACUUUAUAGGAGAAUACUAUACCAAGAUGAAUCAGCACGUUCAGUACAUGUGAGAAAGCAAGUAUUUUCUUCUUUCUUUUAUAAAUUGUAUCUUAUUUCUGGCUCAGACUGUCCAAGGCAAGCUCUACUGCUAGCAUAUCCCAAGUCAUUUGUGGUAGAUUGGUGUAAAUAUGGCCAUAAUACUGUUAGACUUAACCUCUUGACACUUUACCGAAUAAAUGGAUUACUUGUAGCACCAGAAGGAAAUAGAGGAGAGCCUGGUGACUGUAAUCCCUUAGCUCUUGUUUCCUUGGACCUAGGCACAACUUGCCACUUGCACAUUCAUUUCCUCCAGUCCAGGAGGCUUCUGUGUGGCCAGUGGACAUUUUUCCUCCUUCUAUGAAGAAGACUUCAUCCAGAGAGAAAAAGGGAGCAGCUGUCUAUUCAACAAACCACGCUGGAUUGAUGGUUCAGGCUACCGAAUGCAGUUUUCCUGUGUAGUAUCACUUUAACACCUUGGAAAAAUUUCUAGGUCAAGUUUAAAUCACAAUUCUCUGAACAGAAAAAACAUCAAAUGAUUCCACUUGUGUGCCUAGAGAAGAAAAGGGGUUCAGUAUCACACUAAGUUCAUUCCUCAGUAUGGAACCUACUAGUCCCUUUUAAUCCUUUCUGGGUCUAUUCCCAUGGCUAAUUAUUUUUUUACUAUGUCUUAGAACAAAGCACAGUUCUGGGAAACCUGUCAAAUCAGUUAUUAUUGCUCAUCUAGGAGCAUGAGAGAAAUGUUCAUCUUGACUGGCCCUACAAAAGGCUUUACUUUUGUUUUGUUUUUGUUUUUAACAUAAAUUUGGCUGAAUGAAAAAUUCAGCAAAGUGUGUACUGUGUGUGGAACAGGCAGACAUCAGAGGCUUUCCUUUAAAAAUCUAUGGAUCACCUUCUGGAACCCUUCCAACACAAGCAAACUUGACAUUUGAGGGUAUCUCCAAUCCAUGUUCGUUGCCUGCCUCCUCUCAAGGUCUCAGGAAACACACAGCCUUUGGAAACCGCCCCCGCCUGAGAUUUGGAAAGCUGACAGGGAAGGAGAGAGAGAUCCACACGCGAUGGGAGUGAGUUACCAGCAGGGUGAUUCAUCACGGGCCCGUCAGGCUGCGAAACUGGAGAAGGGGGCUUCCAAGAAGGAAGUGGAAAAGUCACCACCAAGAUCCGGCCUUUGAAGAGGUCAACACCAUGAUCGUCACACCCUCGGCAGACCAAAAUUGUCUCCAAAUCCAGAGCUAAGAAGCCAAACCCUGCUUGCUUGCUAAUGCCCAGCACUGUAACAUCCCCUUCUCCACUACCCAUCUCAGGAAGUCCAGUUUCAGCAACAGAACUACUCCUCCUCCCAUUCCUUCCUUUACCCAGCAGCCAUGUGUUGAGGAUCAACCACAAGCCAAGCACUGUACUGGGGUAACAGCAGUGUACAAGACAGAUACCCCCUGCCAUUACAAAACUGCUUUUAACCCUUUGUUAAAAGGUUGACACCCACACUUAUGCAGGAAAGACAUUCCUUCUCUCAAACACUAUCACUACCUGUGUCUUCCACAAUGAAAGCUGAAUCCAGACAGCGUUCACUUUCUGCCAGAGUGACCCAGGGAAAUAAGCACAGCGGGCAGGAGGCAGAUUUCGUGCCUGAAGGUGUAGCAGUGGAGGAAAAGGCAUCACACCCCAUCGGUGCACACAUAGACAUCCUACCCUUCCAGGGCCCACAGUGCUUCCCUAAGCAGCUCUCAGUUGCUUCCCUUGAUGUCCACUGCUGGCCACAUAGAUUCUCAUCCCUUAUAGAGGCACAAUUAUUCAUCGCUAUGAUGGAUUCGCUAAAGCUCCAGUUCCAUAACUGGUCCUGGGGACACCAAAUUGAGCCUGAUGAACCCUAAAGAAUCACUGCCAGAGACUGAGCUAGUGUAGCUGGGAAUUAACUGGGUUAGCCCAGGGCAUGCUGAGACGACUGCUAACACCCUUGGAAAGCAAGACAUGCUUUAGGGUGCAGAUGUCCGUUAACUGAUGUUAGUGCAUUGUUACUUUGACUUUUUGCAAAAUAUCCUAAAUAGUUAAAAUGAGUAAUUUCCUAGAUUUUUUUUUGUAGUCGAAGGAGAAUUUUUGAAAGAUGAUGAGUGAAAAUGGAAACAGGAAAAGAUAAAAUAAAGACUAUUAAAGAGCCCAGUAGAAGACAGUCUGUAAAAAUGCCUUAAUGCCGGAACAAAGCACAUAUUUGCAUAUGAACUACUACUGUUUUCCAAACUCAACCUCUGGAAUCAUUUGGAGGAUAGUUUUGGAAACAUAAUGGCAUACAAUCUGAGCAGUGAAGAGCAAAACCAGCAAAAAAAAAAAAAAAAAAAAUGGAGAAAUGACUUUCUUCUCAGGCUUUGACCUCUUGGCUACAAGAUGAUGGUCUGUGAUUACCAACGGUCCCUUCCCGUGGGACCUUCUUCCUAAGAGGGGUGUGGAAAUUUUACCUCCCAGAAAUGCAGGAGUGGCUCUGGUGAGUUUUGUUUCAUGGGAAGUGAGUUUGAGGGUGGCAAGGAAUAAAUAUUUUGAUGUGUAAGGGCUGUAUACUGUUGAUGCUCAACUUUUCCUUUUACUUAAACCUAUGCUACACCCUUUGUUAAAAGGCUGACACCCACAUUUGUGCAGGAAAGGCACUCUUGGGAAUGAACAAAAUGAAUAAUUAUCAGUCUCUCUAAGGAUGCCAAGGGGAUUAACUUGUUCAAGCUCCAGAACUGGAUUUAAACAUGCAGAGCACUGGCAGCUCUGCUAGGGGAAAAAGCGAAUGAAUCACUUCAGUAGGGUAAGACAUACCUAGGGGGAUAGAGAUCUUAUCAACGUCCUGUAUGGGUAGUGGUGAAUCCCUGCUCCAGCUCUGUGAACUGUGCACCCGCAGACUUGACUUCUACCUCCAGAAUACGGGUCAACACGCCACGUUUCUCUCCAGAGUCGCAUCUCAGUCACCCAGACAGAAGCACACAGUCCUUAGCUCUAAGGAAGUUCUGCCAUUUUCAACAUUCAGGGCGGAAAGGAAGCAGCCCCACCUUACAUGAGAAUACAAACUAAGAGUAAAAACUUCCAUGGAUUUCCCUCCUUGCUAUUCGCAAACCAAACCGCUUCCCUCAUCUGCAAAUGUUAGAUAAUUAAUUUGGGAAGACAACAAUGAAAGUCUCAAGAAAGUAAAGUUUUCAAGAUGCCCAGAGCACUUUAGUUUUACCAAAACCUCCUCUUCCCAGUGCAUUAGCAGCCUCUUUCCUGUGAUGUUUUCCUCUGCAGUCUUUAGAGUAAUUUUGUUUCUUGACCACUAGACUUAAAGCUACUGUAGACUCUCCUUAAAAAUCUAAUCUUUGAAAGUGACAUAAAUUCCUUUAUUUCUUAAAGGCUGGUUUUCUUCACCUCUCCCACAGUCCCUUCCACCCCUCCGUUUUUGCUUUGUUUUGUGAUUUUUUUUUUCUUUUCAUCGUCCUUUCGUUUAACAGAGUGGUGUGUGUAGAUUUUAAGUAUUCUAGAAAGAACUCAAAUAGAGCAGCCUAGUCAUUAUCUGUUCUCCCCAGUCCCUACUAAUAAUUCCUUCUUAGGCAUGCUCUUGGUGACAGCUUGCUGCCCAGACAGCAAUGGGAGAUGGGUCUCUUCUCUGGGUGGUGACUUGUCAGUGCCGCUAAUCAAACGGAAGCAUGGGGAGCCCGGGUAAUCGGGGACACUACUUCAAAGACGAGCAGGUCCUGCCCCUCCAGCUCCUCAGAUCUGCCUGUAACCCUGGGACCAGGAACUGUCUUGUGAAUUCUGGUUAUCAGUGCACAGGAUGCCAACACCACCGCACAGCUUCAAGGUAAAAGAGGCCUUCAUGUCCUUAUUUUGUUCUGGGGACAGGCACUUUUUGGGAGACAGGGAGCAUCUUGGAAGCUGCAGGAAGCUUGAGGAAAAGCUGGCCAAACACAUAGGGAAGGUUGUGCCAUGCCUCAAUCAAAAGAAAAACUAAUAAAUCGUUCUUAUUUGGGAAGGUGGCAAACAGGAGGAUAUCUGUGUUGGCUGCCUUCUGGCCCUCACUUUGACUCAACAGGGAAGGUAGUUGGCUGGGAAGGCACGCAGCCUGGGGAGUGAGGGACAAGCACUGUUCCCCAAGUAGUAAUAUUUUAGGGUGAACUGUACAAGUGAUAGAUGUAAAGGGGCAUCGUUAUUGGGCAUUAGGUAGGUUUUUGACCUCCUGCCCGACAACAAAAUGCCUUCCAUGAAAGAGCAGAAAAUGAGUGUACAAGGAUCUGUAAAACUGUGGUUCCAUUAGCCUGUGAGGCUGUUUAAAAAUCUUGAAACAUCUCACGCAUUCUAACUCGAGCCUCCCCUCCCCAAUAAUACCAAACAUUAGAAGGCACUAAGACCAGUAAAAAGUCACUGUGCAACUAGCGCUGAAUUAGUUAUCUGACAUCGUAUGAAACGAAUCCAAACAGCUUGUGGAAAAAGUCAGAUGAAAAGAUAAUUUACUUUUUUGCAAAAUUUUGAAAUCCAGCUAUAGAUUUUUUUGAUAAUACAGAUUUUCCCUGAACUUUCGGAAGACCACCUUAAAUUUAAUGUUGUAUAUACUUAGACAUUAGUUCUGAUUCUACAUAAUUCUUUUCAUGUUUGGGAGCCAGUGGCUUGGGAGUUUUAUGUGGUUACUUGUUUCUUUUAUUGAUGUUAUAUUCCAAGCCAAUGUAUUCCUAGGAGCUUACAGAGGUUCUGAAACCAAGGCCUUUUUGCCUAAUGUGCAGAGAAUUAGAAACAGUCCUGCUGACAUGAACUACAAAGAGGCUAUUAAAUUAAUCCAAUGUUGGAUGUAGUAAUACCUAAAACAAUUAAAACACUGAAGACUCUCCUGGUUGCAUCCCGCAUUGUUAAUAGCCUUUUAAAAAAUGCAGUCAUUUGAAUCAAAGGAAAAAUUCUGUGGUUUUGCUGCAUCGAGACGCACAGCUACCAAACAUGGAAUUCCAGGCUAGGUUGAUGUGCAAGAGUGCACAGAUCUGUUUUGUGUGGUCGUUUUUAAUUACAAAUAUCCCACCCCCCUCAAAUUCUGUAAAAAUGUAUUAUUCAUAUACUCUCUGCUAAAACAAAGCCUAAAACAGGAGACUCUUACUUGGUCAUGAUUUUGCUUGGAGUAGGGCCAAUGUUCUUGAAGAUAACCUUGGAGAAAAUCUUAUUCACCAUUAAAUGUGCGGAGCAUGAAGGAACUUCUCUUGUCCCAUCCACAAAUUGGUGACGGUCUUCUCUCAUCUCCUUGGGAGGUAGCCCAACCUGUAAGAAAGAGCAGAUGCCAUGAAAACACCUAUCUAAGCACUGCAUAAACUCCUUCAUUAAAGCAUAAUUCCAAAAAAGGUGAUUUGGAAUUUAAGCACCACCUCGUCCUUGAUUCUGUGACCCCUAAAUCAAUGUUAAUUAUAUUUCCUGCAUUCUAUUUCUAACCACAAUUAACUAGCUUUAGUCUGUUUGCCUUGGGAGCUGUCUGCUGGCUCUCUGGCCACUUUUGACAAUUCCUAGAUCUAGAUCCAUUCAGUGCAUCUGAGAGAAGACCAAGAAGGUUCUCCCCACAUGUCAGCUGCAGAGGUUUAAAAACGCACAGCCCAGUUCUUUUUCACAUCAAAAAUGUCCUUGCUAACAGGUGGAAAGCUUUAAGAGAAUGUGGCAUGGAAGAGGAUACUAAUGUCUGAACACUGAAACUGCAUCUUUUUCAUUCUUAUUCAGUUUCCACCUCAGAUCCCCAGAAUGGGAAGUCUUAGCCUCUUCCCUGUUUGGGCGCCCAUGGAGAGUCAGGGGUUCCAUUUGCUUCAGUUCACACAUAGGUGAUUGUAAGGUUCUCUGGGCUCUGAAUGGUUUCUCUACCACUCUCUUUCCUUCACAAAUACAGAACUAAUGUCUUUACAAGGCCAUGCUUGAGGAUACACAGUUUGGCUAGUGAAAGACACUCAUAUUACAGAAAGCUGCAUAAUGCCAGCUUUUGACUUUAUGCUCCAAGUCUCAAUCAUAACUGGGACAGAUUUAACCAGCCUGCUGAAAAACCAAACCAGCAUCAAUGUUUUGAAACUAAUUCCACCAAAAUUCAUAUAUCACUAAAUCAUACUACUCUAGUUCCAGUUAAUUCAACUAUUUAAUAUCAUUAGGCACUGAAUUAAAUAGCUUUACACAAAAUUUUAGAAAAGAUCAAUAUGGUAACAAAAUUACAUAUUAGCAGUAAAAUGCACCAGAGAAAAGAAAAUAUUGAUCUGUUGUGGUUUAUAUACUUGAGUUAUUCUUAGGACUUUGUGGAGAUUGGCACAGCUGUGAUACAGGGGAAGGUAAUAUUCUGAAUUCAAGAGUAGUGGAGGGGUAGGCAUUGUGGAACAGGAGAUUAGGCUAAGCUACCUCUUGGGACCCUGGUAUUCCAUAUUGGAGUGCCUGGGACCAAGUCCCACAUCUGUUUCCUAUCCAGUUUUCUGCUAAUGUGCAUGAUGGGGGCAACAGCUGAUAGCUCAGGUACUUGGGUCCCUGCUACUCAUCUGGGAGACCUGGGUGAAAUUCCUCACUCCUAGCUGUGGCCUGGCCCAGGGCUGGCUAUUAUGGGCAUUUAGGGGAGUGAACCAGCAGAUGGAAGAUCUUUCUCUCUUUGUUUCUCCUCUCUCUGCCAUUCUGUCUUUCAAACAAAUAAAUAAAUCUUUUUAAAAAUGCUGGACGAGAACUUACCCAAUCUCUCUGGGACCUCUGCUCAGCCGUUUGGGAUGCUGUCUGUCCUUACUCAGCAGACAGGCCUCUUUGGAAACCAAAAUGAGCUAAGAGAAAACGCUGUUCUGUGCCACCACAAUUUGUGUAAUUAUUAUGGUGAGCUGGGCUUGGGGCUUCAUUCAGUGAUCCAUUUCCCUUGCUUGAGGCUUUCUCCUCGAAGCAGUUAUUACUGAGCCUCCAUUCUGGAAUUCAGAAAGGAAAAAGAAAGAAGGACGAGGAAGUAACAAUCAGCAUUUUAUACACACACACAUGCACAUGCACACGCACACACACACGCAUACACACGCGCACACACAUGCUUUUUCCAGUAUACUGAGGUUGGUCUGCAGAGCAUAUGGCCAGGGUUUCCAUUUAUCUCCACUUCUCCACCUCCCAAAGACUUAGAGCCUCAUGAUCUCCUGAGGGAGGGAACCUUAGGCGUGGCUUAGGAGACGCAAAGACUGCCAGGUCUCCGGUUGGAGCAGACCAACCCAAGUGUGAAGUUACAGCUUGGGAAGCAGACAGCCACACCAAACAGCCUUAGUGAAUGACUUCACCCAGGAGCAAAAAAAAAAAAAAAUCACACAAUCAUCAACUGAAUCUAAGACCAGUGUUCUCCACAGGUCUGAGGGGGAAAGUAUAUGAUGAAAAACAAACCAUUUCAUGCUUUCACAAACAUGGCUAAAAGCACAUUUCAUAACCCAGAAGAUUAUAUAGAUGGUAGAUAUUUUUAUAGCUUCCCUGAAUGAGGAGUUAAACCAACUGUCUGAUUCUGUUGGUCCCCGAAGAGUGGUUAAGCUAAUGAAAUAUUUCCUUCAUUCAUGGCCCUCAACCGUAGGUUUUAUUUUAUUUUAUUUUAUUUUAUUUUUUGCUGUGCACCCUUGACAAAUUCCCAGGACUAGAGUUAGGAGGAGGAGUUAUGUGGUAAAACAAGAGUGCCUUUUCUGUUGCAUGUUCACUUUAGUUCCCUGGGUUCCCAGGGCAGAAGAUGUUGAGAAACAUUUUUCUCUAAACAUAAGAAUUACUGUGCACCACAAUUUUGAACCCCUGAUUUCCAUAUCUUAAGCAGCUAUCAACUUGCCAAGUCCCUUUGAGUCGCCUUUGUAUUUUCUUAUAAUGUUUCCUUCUGUUUGGGAUUGUCCUCAAGACGAGCUGGGGUGUGGGGGGUGGGCAUGAUUCUUUUUAAAUUGAUAAAAAUGAAACUGUACAGAUUGUUGCCCCCUUGUGUCUGUGAGCAUGAUCUCUAUCAGGCUUGAAAAUCUGCUUUAUCAUUUUGUAUAUUUGACUAUUUUGUAUUCAGCAUUACUUGACUCCUUAUGUGCAUGGCAAUGUAUUAAAAUGUGGGAUUUCUA